AUGAGACACACCGGGCUACUCGCCGGCGCCGUUACCGCCGUGUCUGCACAAGCCAGUUAUGGAAAUGGCUAUGGCGGCGCAGGACCGAACAAUCUCACCUUUGAGACGAGUAUCAAAGUCAAUGCCGCCCAGCAAUAUCAGAAGAUGAUCGGAGGAGGAUGCUCAGGUGCCUUUGGAGCUGCCUGCACCACCAACACACUCUCUGCGGCCGACCAAGAGGCGGUCGUCCAAACGCUAUUCGGUGAGAACUACGGCGGUCUCUCCAUCCUCCGCAACUUGAUCGGGUCCUCGAAGGGAGCAACUAUCCUCCCAUCUUGCCCCGACACACCAGCCGGACCCUUCAAUUACAGCCUGCCUGGGAACGAUACUUGCCAGCUGCCUCUAGCCCGGACGGCUUUGAAGUACAACCCGGAUCUCUUCUUGUAUGCGGAUGCUUGGUCUGCUCCAGGCUGCUUCAAGACUACUGGUAUGGAAGCUGGCGGUGGUGUGAUCUGCGGAGUCCGCCGCUCGAACUGCACACAAGACUGGCGAGAGGCGUAUGCGAACUACUUGAUCGAAUAUGUCAAGCUUUACCAACAGCGCGGCAUCAAUGUGUCCUUGCUCGGGGCGUACAAUGAGCCCGACUUCAACCCCUUCACUUACUCGGCAAUGCUGUCCGAUGGCUACCAAGCCUACGACUUCCUCUCCAUUUUCUACCCGAUGGUCAAGAAAGCCUUCCCAAGCCUUGCUGUGUCCUGCUGUGACAGCACCGGCGCUCGGCAGCAGAGAGAUCUACUUUACGAGCUUGGCCGCUUGGGGGGUACCAAUCUCUUUGACGUCAAUACCUACCACAACUACCAGUCAGAUAUCAAGGAGCCUUUUGAUGAUCUUCUCAAGGGCCAGCCAACGAUUGAGACGGAGUGGUCUGACGGUGGUACGAACUGGACUCCGACUUGGGACAAGUCUGGAAACAAUUUUGAGGGGUUCCAGUGGGCUAUCUACAUGCACAACGCCUUCCGCAACAACGUCGCCGGCUGGUCCCACUGGUGGUGCACCUGGACUGGCGGCGACGCCGCUCUCAUCAAUGUCAAUGGCACAUCUUACCAGGUUGCUGCCCGCCUGUGGGCGUUCUCUGGCUACUUCCGCUUCGCGCGUCCCGGCGCUGUACGUCUCGAUGCCGAAUCAGGUGUCGAAGAAGUCUAUGUGACUGCGUGGCAGAACACCAAUGGCAGUGUCGCCAUCCCGGUAGUUAACGCUGCACACUACGCAUACACGCUGGACAUCAGCUUAGCUGGGACGAACGUUUCGCAUGGAGUUGCGUAUUUGACGGACAAUGAUCACAACGUUACUAUGAGCGAGGGCUUCGCAGUCAGCGGAGGCAGGUUCCAGGCGGUGAUUGAGCCGAGGGCGAUGAAGACGUACUUCCUUGAUAGUCAGUGA